UUAUGAUACCCAUAGUAAAACGUUUACGCAAGAUUGACCAGAGUUCAUUCGAUGCAGUACAAAAAAAUUUGAAGUCAUAUAUUUAGAUUUUUUUAUUCAUUGGGUUAAACAUUUUAAUUUUAUAGAAAUUGUUUGACUAAGACACGAAUUUCUCCGAGACACUUCAGAGUGUCUUUUCGGUGCUAGAACCAAAUUGAUUGAAGAAUCUUUUUCCCGUACUUUAUUGCUUUACAUGAAUUAUGUUGAAAAUUAAACAAUAUCUUGACAUUCUAUGUUAAAUCAUGGGAAAAGUAACCUCGAUACCAAUGAUCAAUUUGACAUCAUUUUAAAGAGAAGGUCAAACGCGUGUUUAAUUCCGUUUUUGGAGAGACUGUAGGCAUUCUAGAUAUAUUUUAUUAGUCAAAAAUGGACAAAACUCUGUUUGUUCCUUAUUUCCUUCAUAUUUCACUGAAAAUUACAGUUUAAAACAUGAUUUUGAUUGCGUUUUUAAAAAAAUUUAGCCCCGGUACACCCUAUCAAACAAACAUAUUGUUAUGAAGCCUCAAUGAAAGAAUUUAUAAUUUAAUUUUAUAAACCUUUAGGCACCUUUCAUUUACUAGAUCUUGACUUUAAGUGGUUUCUUUAAAUACUAUAUAUGCGAUGUUGGCCAUGAGUUUACGGACUUUUAUUAUUGUUAUUAAAUGACUAUUAAACUGGUUUUGGGGACUAGUGGUAAAAUUUUAAUAUACAUGUAGGGGUGGGUCUGUCCCUUUUCCAAAAAAAAAGUACGUAUCCAAACCAUUGAUUUUUUUAAAAUUCGGAUUCGAUGUUUUUUUUUAGAGAUUCAUUCAGGUAUUUUCAUGCACUGGUACACAGACUGAUUUUUCAACUGUUCCCUCUGAAUAAGCACCGUGACUGUAUUGCUUUUGAUUAAAAACCAGUCGAAUUGAGACUGUUAGGUGUAUACAACAAAUGGACCAAAGUGCUGUUUAUCCUUUGUGAUAUAUAAUUAUUCAAGUUUCAAACAAAAGCCAUCACCUUCAUAAAUUUUUAGGGACAUUUGAGUGUACGAAGAACGACAACUUGUGCAACUUGUGCAAAAUUAUCUUAGAAAAAAAAAAUUUAUUUAUUAUUUCAUAAGCAUGAUUUCAAGUGAAAUAGUCAUGAAUAAUUUUGGCUAACGUGCUCAGCCUAUAUCUAUCUCAGGAAAUUAAAAAAAACCAUAUCUUCUAUCUACAACAAAGGGUUUUUUUAUUUAGACACACGGAGGACUUUAUUGAUUUUUAAAUAUCCGGGUCCUAUCGUACUCGGGGUUCAAAUCCUGAAACCGAAAGUCCAAAAAAACCAGUCUGCACAACUGAUAAUGUUUUUGCCUACUAUUUGGAACUACACGAAAUGCAUAAUCGGAUAUGUUGCACUUUUGCAUCACCUCGCAGUUUCACUACGUCCAAACUUUUCCCCCGUAAAGACUUGUACCACCCUUACAUUGAGGGAGAUACCGGUGGCGGUGUUCGACAAUUGUACAGGACCAGGCCUUGUAAUCCAUUGUCUGCCAGACUCCAAAGAUGAUCUGGGACUUAGCUGCUACCCUCCAAGAUGGAUCAGUCCAGGGAAAUGUCCAUAUUACAAUACAUACCAAGGAAACAUGGAUGAAAAAGACUGCAACCAGGAUCAUGGAAACUGUCCAACAGGUCAAUUCAGAUCACCUUUGUCUGUUAUGUAUGAAGGAUGCUAUAUCAAAGAAGAGAAAAUUGUAACCACAACUGAGGCAGUAACGCCAACAGAAGUGAUGAAAACCACCACUUGUGAACCUGUGAAAUCAAACUGCUCUUCAUUUGUUUCAGCAGCAGGAGAAGGAAAGUCCACCUCAUGCACUGGAGAAAUAGUUGCUUGUAUUGUAUUAGUAGCUAUCGUUUUAGUACUCUCGGGUAUUCUCGUUUACAAGUUUAGACGGGUGGUGACCAGUAUGCAAUGCUUUCAGAAUUCGGGAUCUUCUAGCCCCGAUAAUGGUAACCCCAUUGAAGCCGUGCAUUUACAACAAGAAGAGGGGAUGUAAAGUGAAUGUUUACUGAUACAUGCCUGAUUUGAACACAUUUGACUCUUGGUGAAAAAUAAAUCAAUUAAGGUACUUGUAAACGCAAAAUUAGGUUAGAAUAUAAGGUCAAAUAGAGAGCUCCAAGAAUAAUGCUAAUUUGCUUAUCUCCAUUGUCUGCUUUCCAAAUAGCAAUUAGAAGCUGGAGAUAUCCAGGACUUAUUCUGAAGGUAGCAAACGAAUGCAUCCUAAGAUACUGGGGCCUAUAACCAUGUUGUUUAUUAUCAAUGACCUGAAUAUUUUAUGUUAAAUUAAUAAUAAGAAGCUAGUUUUUUUUUAUUAGCUUGCUUAUGCGGAAAACUCAAGUGAGCUUUUCUGAUCACCUUUUGUCCGGCGUCCGUCUUGCUGUCUGUUCUUACAUCUGUCCGUCCGUACUUUUUCUACAUUUUUAUUUCUUCUCCAAUACAAUUAUUUUCAAGGCCAAUUUAAAACCAAACUUGGCAAAAAACAUUAAGUGAAUGGUAUAUAUAUUCAAAUGUCUAUAAAUAAAAUGUCACGCGUUUCAAGGUCAGAUAAUUAAGAAUGAUUAAACAUUUGUUGGUUUUUUUAAAAUAUCAUCCUCUCAAAAUCUGUUUGGCCAGAAAAGCUGAAACUUAUAUGGAGACAUCCUCAGGUAGUGUAGUUUCAAGUUUGUUCAAAUUAAGAUCCCCGAGGGUAGGGUGGCGACUCAAUGGGGAAAAUUCUUCUCAAAAACCAAUAGACCAAUAAAACUGUAACAUGUUCGGAAGCAUCCUUAGGUAGUGUCAAUACAAAUUUGUUCGAUCCCCGGGGGUAGGAAGGGGACACAAUGUGCUGUCGAGUUUUUACAUAAGAAUAUAUAGAUAAAAAAGACGAGUUUUAACGUAGGAAUAUAUAGACAAAUAUAGACAUUGUGUUUCUCUGAGGCAGUGUAGGGUCACAAUGGGAGUCGGACUUUUCACUUACGAAUAUAUAAAGAAAAGUCUUUAAAAAUAAGGCCCAAAAAGCUGCCACUUGUGUGAAUUCAGGUAGGAUAGAGUUUAGUAUGUUCAAUCAUGAUCCAAAGGGGUAGGGUGGAGCCAAAUUGCGAGGAUAUGCAAAUAUAAAGAAAAAUCUUUAAAAAUAUCUUCUGAAAAGCCCUAUGCGAAGAAAAGCUAUAACUUUGGUAAAAGUAUCCACAUGUUGUGUACAUUCAAUUUUAUUAAAAUCGUGAACAUUCGUAUGUAGGGUGGGCAACAAUGUUGGGAGGAGGGGGAUGGUUGUCCAAUUUUUAUGUAAGAACAAAUUUAAAUUAUUCUGAAAAAAAAUGGUAUUACUAUGCGAGAAUUUUGACAUAUUGCUGGGCUGCGUUUUACAAAAGAACUUACGACAAAGUCAUAAAUAUUUUCAGUCUCAUGGAAUGAUAUAUAAAGAACAAAACUUAGACAGAACUUAAUUUAUACAACUACUCUGAUGUCCAUAAUAAUAUUCUACAGCCAUGAGAAUAAAACAUUGAUUAGUUUGUGAUUAAUUAGCAUUCAUUAAUUUAGUCGUAAGUCGUAAGUUCUUUUGUAAAACGUAGCCCUGAUUAUCAGUUGCUUAGACUAUGGCCACUUGACAAUUUUUAGACCCCACUAGGAGCUCCAAGUUUGAUGUAGGUUUAUAGAUGAACAAUUUUUUGUAAUGCACCACUCAAUUUGUAAUAUGAUUAUGAUAUCAUCCUGUUACCAAGGGGCUCAAUGUUUAACAUAAGAAUAUCCGGAGAAUGUUUUUAUACAGUAUCUAUACUGUUACAUUUUCAAGAUAUUUUGUGUAUGACUCAAUAAACCGAAUUUAUUUGUGGCUAUUAUUGCUCAGUUGAGCGUAAUCGUCGAUGGGCCUCUUGUUUAUUUUAUAAUAUUAUGACUGGGUUAAGGUAGACAAUUCAGCUAUGAAAAAUGGAACUGUUUGCAUAAACAUUUUAUUAUUUAUACAGAAAAUAAGAUAGUAUCUUUAUUGUGUGUUGUUUUUUUGCCACGCCAAUUGUGUUCACUCAAGUCGACUUUAAGCUUUUUUUUAUUACUUUAAGCUAGCUAGAUACACGUAGUUCAAAAAAAUGUAAUAUCGACAUUCUUUUUGUCUUUUGUUGUUGUCAUACCAUAAGAUGUUCAUCCUAUAAAUUAAUUAUUAAUUAUAAAUUAAUUAAUAAUUUACAUUGAUCAAACUUUCGAUACAAUGCAUACCAAAAUCCACUUUGUGUUCACCAAAAUAUCGAUCUCAUUUUUUAAAACAAUGGUACCAUUUUAAGUUUUUAUUAUACUUUUUUCAAAUACUGCCUUACAUGGAGACAUGCUUUAUGAACUGAACUUUUUAAGACAUAACUAUGUGCCUAGCAUGUUAUCAAUGACAGCAUAUACUUGUUAUUUUCAAUUUCUAGAUAAUAUUAUAUUUUGAAACAUUGAUUAUGUGUUAAUUGAAACGUUGUUUUAAUCUAAGGUAGCUAUUAUUAUUAUUAUUAUUAUAUCAUUAUUAUUAUAGACAUUAUUAAUAGUACUAGACUUUGACCCGUGCGUGCACGGGUUGACAUUGCAUAUGAUAUCGUACAUUUACGAAAUAGAUACAUCGAUUUCACUACACUCUCCUUAGUUAGAACAAUCUAAGUGUGUCUCGGGACAGGCCCUCCCAUAUACCGGUAAUGUAGCAAAAAAUUGCAGAAUCGCUCCUAAACGAUUUUGGAGAAAAUUAAUGAAACUGGAUUGAAAACAACAGUAAAAUUAUUCAUAACAAACCAUUUUGAUGCUGUAAAUACCUCUCAUCUAAAAAAAAUAUUCAUAUUAAGGAUUCAACACUUCUUCACCAAUGUUUUUU